UUUACUCCCUCGAACACUUACUCUUUGUUCCUUACUUUUCUCUUAAAAUUGGUGAACUUGUUAACAUUUAUUUUCAGCAAUAAUGACCGAGUUAACUGAACAUUUAGUUAGCGUCGACGUGGAGCCGAGUUAUCAACAGAAUAAUAACAAAACGGGAAUUGUGAAUAACAUUGUAACCUUGGCCGACGAAUUGAACUCGAAUAUUCCCGAUCUUGAUUCUAUUCAACCAUAUCAGGGGGAGGAGGUUCAGGCUAGAGUUAGAAUUAAUUCUGUUAAUUCAAAUCAUUCCCUCAAUUCGACAGGAGCAGAAUCCAUCCAUUCUGACGAGGCUUUAUUGCCAGACGUAGGAUACACGCCGUCGACAAAAAAUAAUAAAAAAUCCAGAGCACGGGAAGGAGGUGUUCAGACUAAAGGGCAUCGUAGCAGAGUGCGAAGUGAAUAUGAAGAUCUAGACGAGGAAUGCUUCAAUAGCUGGCCAAAUGACCCAGAGUUUACUGAAGUAAUUCGGCAAGCAGAAGCAGCGAUAGACGCAGGGGUCAACCCAACCCGUAUAUACCAGGGUUCCUCUGGAAGUUAUUUUGUGAAGAAUAUCGAGGGAGAGACUAUUGGAGUUUUCAAACCUAAGGAUGAGGAGCCGUACGGUCGAUUGAAUCCUAAGUGGACGAAAUGGAUGCACAGGAUGUGUUGUCCUUGUUGUUUCGGACGAUCUUGUCUUAUUCCAAACCAGGGUUAUAUGUCUGAGGCUGGAGCUAGUUUAGUAGAUACAAAACUAGGCCUAAACGUAGUUCCUAAAACAAAGGUGGUGAAGCUUGCGAGUGAGACGUUUAACUAUCUACGGAUUGAUGUUGAAAAGUCAAAAGCAAAAAAAAUUGUCAAUGAACACUUCCCUAAGGUGGGGAGAAGAUUUCACAGAAUAGGUUUACCACCCAAGAUUGGUUCCUACCAGAUGUUUGUAUCAGGAUACAAGGAUGCGGAUGCACAUCUAAGAAGGUUCGAUUCGGAUCCAUUGGACAAGGAAACUUCUAAAAAAUUCCAGUUGUUGUUUGAGAGGUUGGUCUGCCUGGACUAUAUUAUCAGGAACACGGACAGGGGGAACGACAACUGGUUGAUCAAGUACGAAAAGCAAAAACUUGUUUUAAAGGAAAACACAGAUGAUGAUGAUACUGCCGAAUAUGAGGUGGAGACCCCAGCUUUCAUUGAUGUUGCUGCUAUAGACAACGGACUAGCAUUUCCUAUAAAGCAUCCUGACUCCUGGAGAGCAUAUCCCUACCAUUGGGCCUGGUUACCAUAUGCAAAGGAACCCUUCUCAACAGAAACUAGGGACCUAAUACAGUCUAAACUGGCAGAUAUGAACGUAGUUCAGGAUCUUUGCGAUGAUAUGUACACACUGUUUAAGACUGACAAAGGAUUUGACAGACAGAUGUUUGAGAAACAGAUGUCAGUUAUGCGAGGACAGAUACUCAAUCUCUCACAGGCCCUGAAAGACGGGAAGAGUCCCCUUCAACUAGUGCAGAUGCCAAAUGUUUUUGUCGAGAGAUCCCGUGGGCAUGUUGGAACAACAGAAAAGUUCAGAAACUUUAGUAAUACAUUCACACAGAGGUUCCAGAAAAAGGCACCAUUCUUCAGCUGGUGCUAGAAGUGCUCAGCACUUGUCGAUUUCCGUUUUCAUGACUUUGCGGAUUUUCGUCUCAGAUCUUGGGCGGAUUUUCCCAUCAUCAGUAUAUUAUCGAAACUCAUCCCAUCAUCAUUUUAUUCUUGAACUAACUACAGGUGGUUCAAAUAAACAUGAGAAUAAACUGUUAAAUAAAAAUCGGAAAUUUUUCAGUUUUCAAACUCCUUUGUAUCUUAUUUGGAGAGCAGUUCGGCUAUAUUUAACAAAUAUUUUCAUAUUUUUUGGACUUCCCUGUAAACAUAUUAUCUAAUUUACUGUAAUGCCUACCGUUUGUAACAAAAAUGAUCUAGUUAAUAUUGUACAGAGAAUUGAUUCAUGCAGCUGGUUAUUUUUCUACUUUCUUCUUACAAGUUUUAAAUAUAGAAUUCAUUUCAAUUCUUAAAUUAACUUUCUACCUACUGAAGAACAGAUCGGUAUGAUUAUUCUUCUUUUAUUAUUUUCAAUAUUUUGACAUAAGUGCCCUAAUAUAUUGCUGUAAAAUAUAAUUUAAAUUUUGUGUUUCAUUUAACAGUUUUUGUAUCUGUGAUGUUUUUUCAAUAUUAAAAUGUGAUUAAAAAUCAUCAUCAAGUGAUUCUUACAAAAUAAUCAUUUCGUUGAGACUUCGUUUUAACGAAUUUACAAAUUUACAACAUAAAUUAGCCCUGGCCGUUCCACGUUAUAUCUCAGAGAGGGGGGGGGGGGGGUCCUUGCGUUGUUUCACAGAUUAUCAAUCUUUAGAAAGAAAACUGAAUCUUAUUGGAAAUUAUGGUGCAAACUGACAUGUUUGAUGUGUACUGUAAAAUCGUAUUUUUUAACCCUUUGUAAUCUCCUCAUAAGAUAUUCUGCUGUCAGUAGUAGAAAAAAUAUAUUAAUUGAUUUAUAAUAUUUUAAGCCUUAAAUGUAAAAUGAGUUCGAUACUAUCAACCAGAGGUCGGAAUCUUAGUGCUGAGUUUCGUUAAUCUUUUGAUCUCGAUAUCCAAUGUGGACAACAUUUCAGGAUAAAUGCUUGAUCACUUAAUUCAAGUUAUUGAUGAAGGUUAUGAUCACCACGCCGGGAUAUAGAAUAGGAAUCUAAUAUAUCCGUUUGUCUGCAUGAGAUAGAGAUCAAUGCUUAAUCAACAGAUUCACAGCAUAAAAACUCAACUUCAGGAUCUUUUGUUGUCUUAUUUGCGUCAGCACUUCAGAUCUUAUUGUUAUCUUAUUUGCGUUAGCUGUUCAAAGAAAUUUAGAUUGAACUUGACGAAUUAAGUUCAGAGUAUCGAAUCUGCAUAUUAAAUAUCUUUAUAUUUACAGCUGAUUAGAAAUUGUAAAAGUCAAUUUGGGGAUUUGAUGAUUAAGGGGGUAUAGGGGGUUGGGAAGGAAAAGGGGUGGGUUAUUAUAUUUGAAUUUUUACACAGUUCACGUGAGAUUUAUGCAAAGAAUGUAAUUUUUUAUUUUAUCGAAUCUAUUCAUUUUUAACUAAAAUCGUUAGUAAAAUCUGUACAACUAAUAUUAAUUGUAAUAGUAAAAAAAUCUAUUUUCAUUUUAUGUGAUACCUAUGUACUCGUUUCGGCCUUAUAUCAUUGUAUGUACUGUAAUUUUGUUUAUUCGGUACAUGUCGAGUGUUGACUAUGUACUCGGUUUAAAAUUACUUACCGGGCAGAUGGCUGAUAUUUAUAUUUAUAUCUUGUUAAAGAAUAAAUAGAAAUAUUUUUAAUAUUUAA